AUGGAGGAAAGAGCCAAAGCCUGUCCACUGCUGGCUGCAGCUGUGUUCCUGCUAUCUGCUGAGAGAUCUUCCUCGCAGGCAGCGAGAGCUCAGAGGGGAGGACAGCUCCUUUGUACGAGGCUGCUCAUUAGUGUGACUUGGAGCCAGAAGGUGGAGAAGGAGCUGGCCAGGGUUCUGAAGUUGGGUUGCUCGGUGCUGAGCCAGGCUUGGCUGAGGGAGAUGUCCGUGGUGCUGCACCUGUACCGUGGAAGAGCCUUGGGGAGCUUGAUGAAGAUGGACGGCCCAGCGGCAGGAAGGCCGAGCACGUGGGCGCUUAAACUGCUCGUCUUCCUCCUCAGCCAUUUCAUGGACGACGAAGUCUCAAGCCAGGUGAUCUGCCACAGACCCCUCCAUCACGAAUGGCAACCUCAGCUGAGGAACAUCACCCUGAGAUGGACUCUCAUGGAGAACACCUGCAGCAGCGGGGAUCAGUGCUGGAACGGCCUUCCGAAACGAGAGCAGCACUGGACGAAUCAGUCGUACGCUUUCCCUCAGCUGUGCCCCCUGGAGGUUCAGCUGGGAGAUGCGCUGUUCGCUGUCCCUGACAGAACACUGGAGCGGUAUGGCGUGAACCUAAUCAACGUGUCCAAAGAAGAGUUUGAAAGCUGCUCAACGGAGCAAGUGCAGAGCAAGCACUUCGUCUUCGCCGGCUUUAUGAAGGGUAGCAUGCAGGUGGGCCCGAAGUGGCUGUCCCCUGGCGUUCAUUACUUUGCUGCCACUCACAAAGGCAGUAGCCAGCUAUGCCAGCUUGGCCUGCGUCUUGGUGUGGUGGUCAAGGAGCAGCGCUGUCAGGACUCUCCGCUUCUCCGCCUCUGCUCAGGCCACGGCGUUUGCAGAGCUAACGUCAGACAGCUUGUAUACGGCUGCCGGUGUAACAAGCAUUAUUCCGGGCCCUUCUGCGAGGAUUUCGAUGCCUGCGCUGAGAAGCCGUGCUUAAACGGUGCGACCUGCGUGAGCAACAGCACUGCAGAGCCCGGUCGGCCUUCCUAUGAGUGCUUGUGUCCGCCCCGGUUCUCUGGUGUCAACUGCUCUGAAAUCCUCGGCCAGAGAAACUGUACCCAGGACUGCAGGAACGGGACGUGUGUGCAAGUGUCGCCAGUUUCCUACCAGUGCCGAUGUUUGGCUGGAUACACAGGUACUUUCUGCGCGGGAGAGAAGAGCCCCUGCGGUUCCAACCCAUGUAGAAAUGGAGGCGAGUGUGAAGAAAACGGAGAGACGUACGUCUGCACGUGCCCAGAGGGCUUCACCGGAUCCAACUGUGACGCAGAACUCGACCAGUACUGCGCAGCUCACGCCUGUCAGCAAGAACAAGCGUGCAGCCCAGAUGAACAUAACUCCACAUGUGUGUGUGCCGGCCCGGACUGCAGGGAGCUGGGGGGGCCGUGCAGCCCGUCUCCCUGUCUGAACCGCGGCAGCUGCGUGGCGAGAGGAGACCAGUACUACUGCAGAUGCCUCAGAGGCUUUUCCGGGAAGAACUGCGAAGAUAUAAUUGACUACUGCAGGCUGCUCUCUGUUAACUGCUCGAAUGAAGGAUCGUGUCUCAACCUAAUUGGCGGAUAUAAUUGUCUCUGUGCUCCGGGCUGGACAGGGGAGCUUUGUCAAUAUGUGGUGGACGCCUGCUUAAUCUACCCAAACAGGUGUUUGAAUGGAGCUACAUGUGUCAGCAUGAGUCAGCCGACUGCACCCCCUCAUUACACAUGCACAUGUUCCCCUGGUUACACAGGACGUCACUGUGAAGCCGAAAUAAACGAGUGUAAAUCCAGACCCUGCCAGCACGGCGGAUCGUGCACCGACUUUAUCGGGUACUACAAGUGCUCCUGUCCCACAGGAUUCGUUGGGCCGGACUGCGAGGUGGACGUGAACGCGUGCACGCUGCUGAACGUUACCUGCCCCGCUGGGUUGGUGUGCGUGGACGCACCUGAAGACCUGCGCUAUACGUGUCGCAGGCCUUGCCCCCACACCGUACAGCCUUGCGCCAACCGGGGACGAUGUUUCCUCAGCAGCGGCGCCAGUUACAGCUGUGUGUGCGCACCUGGCUGGACGGGCCCAAACUGCUUGGUCAAUAUCAACGAGUGUGUGCAGCACCGGUGUCAGAACGGAGCCACUUGCGUGGAUGAGGUUGGUGGGUACAGUUGUCAGUGUGACCAUGGAUACACCGGCGUCCACUGUGAGCUCCACAUUGACCGCUGCCUGGGCCAUCAGUGCUCAGAGCACGGCGUAUGCCUGGGCCAGCGGCACAACUACACCUGCCGGUGCAUGCUGGGAUACGAGGGGGCGCUGUGUGAAACCGAAACCGACGAAUGCAGGAGUUCACCAUGUGCCAACGGCGCCACCUGCGUGGACUCUGUCGCCAAUUACUGGUGUCUCUGCGCAUCUGGCUUUGAAGGUCGGACCUGUUCGGAGAAUACGAACGACUGCUGGUCGAUGCCUUGCCUUAAUGGAGGUUCAUGCGUGGAUCUAAUCAAUGACUACAUUUGUAUCUGUCCGCUCGGAUUCGAGGGAGACGACUGCUCCACAGUGACCAGAAGAUGCUUGUCCGAUCCAUGCGACGUCCGAGGAACGUACAUGUGCGAAGAGCUGGGGGGCACUUAUAAGUGCGUGUGCCGUCAUGGCUUCACAGGGAGACUGUGCGAAAUUCCCAUCAGCCACUGCAUCGAGGGGUUGUGCCAUCACGGGUCCAAGUGUGUGGACCUUCCCCGAGGGUUCGUGUGCGAGUGCUUGCCUGGGUUAACCGGACGAUUUUGCGAGAUCAACAUCGACGACUGUGCCAGUAAACCGUGCGGUGCCCUCAGCAUCUGCAAAGAUGGCAUCGACGCCUACGACUGCUUCUGCGCACCUGGUUUCAUCGGUAAUAACUGUGAGAUUGAAGUAGACGAGUGUCUAAGCCAGCCCUGUCAGAAUGGAGCGUCCUGCUCGGAUGAGCUUAACUCCUUCAGCUGCAUCUGCCCGAAUGGAACCGCAGGCAGCUUAUGUGAAAUCAAUGUCAAUGAAUGCCAGUCGUCGCCAUGCCUGAACAACGCCACGUGUCUGGACCUUGCCAAUGGCUUUGAAUGCAUCUGCCCUCCAGGCUUCACUGGACCCGAAUGCGAGCUGGACAUUGACGAGUGCGCCUCUUCUCCCUGCAAGAAUGGGGCCACUUGCAUUGACCAGCCUGGUAAUUACUACUGCCAAUGUGUGGCUCCAUUUAAAGGUGUGAACUGCGAGUUCCUGCCGUGUGAAGCGAACAACCCGUGCGAGAACGGGGCCGAGUGCGUGGAGGAGGCCGACCAGGCGCGCUUCCCACUGGGCUUCCGCUGCCGCUGCGCCCGGGGCUUCACCGGCCCCCGCUGCGAGCUCAACGUCGACGAGUGCGCCUCCAGCCCCUGCCUGCACGGCUUCUGCUACGACGUGGUGGACGGCUUCUACUGCCUCUGUAACCCGGGAUACGCCGGCGUCCGGUGCGAGCAGGACAUCGACGACUGUGUGGACAACAUGUGUCAGAACAACUCCACCUGCGUUGACCUCCACCUGAGUUACCAGUGCGUGUGCAGACCAGGCUGGGAGGGGGACUUCUGCGAGCAGGAAACGGACGAAUGCACCUCAAACCCCUGCAAAAACAGUGGCACCUGCACCGAUCUGCCCAAUGCCUACAGGUGCGAGUGCCCCCGUGGCUGGGCCGGUCCUGACUGCAGCGAGGACGUGAAGGAGUGCGCCUCCUCGCCCUGCUUCAAUGGGGCUCGGUGCGUGGAGUCGGACGUCCCGGGGGAGUUCUCCUGCACCUGCCCUCCUUUCUUCACCGGCCCGCUCUGCAGGCUGCCGUACGACCCCUGCGACCUCUAUAACGACCCCUGCCUGCACAACUCCACCUGCCGCCCCCGGCCAGACGGCACCGCGGAGUGCCUGUGCCCCGCAGGGUUCGAGGGACCUCGCUGUGAAAUUGACACCAAUGAGUGUGGCUCCAGUCCGUGCCAGAACCAGGGCCAUUGUGUGGAUGGGGUCAACAGUUACUACUGCUACUGCAAACCUGGCUUUUCUGGCCAGCACUGUGAGGAAGACAUCAACGAGUGUGUCUCCAACCCCUGCCAAAACCAAGGCCUCUGCCAGGACCUCGUGAACAGCUUCCGAUGCUCCUGCCCGCCUGGAUACUUCGGGGCUUUGUGUGAUCUGGACGUGAACGAGUGUGAGGUGUCACCCUGCCUCCACGAUGGCGUGUGCAUCAACAAGCCCGGGGGCUUCGCGUGUGUGUGCCGGCCCGGCUUCUCCGGUACGUGGUGUGAGCUGAACGUGGACGAGUGCCUGUCCAGCCCGUGCCAUAACGGCGGGAGGUGUGUGGACGGCCCCAACGGCUACCAGUGCCUCUGCUCCAACGGCUUCAUGGGCUCCGACUGCGCCAGCAACAUUGACGAAUGUGCCUCGAGCCCCUGCGUCCACGGGAGCUGCUCGGACGGGAUCGACGCUUACGACUGUCAGUGCGAGAUUGGAUGGAGCGGCCGCAGAUGCGAGACUAAUAUUGAUGACUGCCAGUCCCGGCCUUGCCUGAACGGGGGCUCCUGCGUGGACCUUGUCGACAAAUACGCCUGCAUAUGCACCGAGGGCUACAGCGGCAGACAGUGCGAGGUGGACUUAGACGUGUGCCUGCAGAGGCCUACGAAUUUCUCCCUCUGCUUUAACGGCGGGACCUGCCUGGAUGGCCCAGGAUCCAAUUUCACAUGCAGGUGUCCAGCCGGUUUCGCGGGAGAUUUCUGUGAGGUGGACGUGAACGAAUGCUGCUCGGAGCCUUGCUUUCACGGCGCCAUCUGUCAAGACCUCAUCAAUGGCUACCAGUGCCACUGUCGACCAGGUUGGACAGGCCUUCACUGCGAGGAUGACAUUAAUGAGUGCCUGCCGCAGCCGUGCGACCAGGGGAUGUGCAUCCAGAACGAACCGGGCCAUGGCUACACCUGUUUCUGUCGGCCCGGAUUUGUGGGCAGGAACUGUGAGUAUAAUUAUGAUGACUGCUUGCUCCGGCCGUGCCCUGACGGUUUCUCCUGCGUGGAUGGCAUCAACAGUGUCAGCUGUGUUGCCGUGGAGACAGAUGCAAUCUCCAUGCCUCCAUGGGGCUUCACUCCCACCAGCCCCGGCGCUCCGUUCACCCCCGCACCGGUGGAUGACCUGCUAGAUGCUGAACUGCCAGCAGACGCCGCAUAUGGGAGAUAUUCCGGUGAUUCUUUCCUGGAGUUUGAGGGCAUCGACCUGGGAGCUGUGAACAAUAUCACAGUGCGGUUUCAGACGUGGUCUUGGAACGGAACGCUCCUGUAUGUGGACCAAGGACGCGUACGCAGAGGCUUCUUCUUCAUCAAACUCCACCUUUUCAAUGGAACGCUACAGUAUGAUUUCUCCUGUAACCAAGAAGAAGGGAUUCGGAGGAUUAACACCAACAUACAAGUCAACGAUGGCAAUGAGUAUCUGGCGCAUGUGAGACAGUAUCUGGCUCCGUGCGAGGCUGAGGUCGCCGUGUCCGGCUUUCAACGAGUCCGAAGCGUCCCGAGCAAUUACUGGUCAGGACUGACCGUUCAGAAGACAGGCCACGUUUUCGUAGGAGGUCUACCGCUCAGUCACCCUCCAUACAAGGGAGCCGAGCCUCUCUACAACUACACCGGCUGUAUAGAAAUAAUUGAAAUUAAUAAGCUCCGGGGAUUUCGCACAUCCACCGCUAUCACCGCGAACAACGUUGACAACUGCAGGUCUGUGUGGUAUCAGGACACCCCAGUGGGCACUGUUGCUCCCCCUCCUGUGUCCAGCCCAUUUGAGACCACCCCCAACGGAGCAGACAUCAUUACCCCUCUCCCUACCGCCCCACCGGCGGCCUGCUCUGACGGGCCUUGUCGCAACGGGGGGACGUGCCGGCCGCUGUCCCUGCCCAGCGGGGCAGCAGCUUUCCUCUGCGACUGCCCUCUCCACUUCACGGGGCGCCUAUGUGAGAAAGAUACCUCCAUAUUCUUCCCUUUAUUCGGCGGUUCUUCUUUCUUGGAGCUCCAGCCUCUCUCAUCUCUGGAUUCCAGCUUUGAGGCGUCGUCUGCCGGAGACACAGCGAGCGUUUUCCUAACUGUGAAAACGAGGGCUGCCCACGGAACCAUACUUUACAGCCGGGAGCAGAAUGUCGGUGAUCGUUUCCUCCACGUGUUCCUCCAAGACGGACGUCCGGUUGCCAGAUUGGGCUGCGGUGGCAUCCACGUUUUGAACGCUCUCGCUAGACAGAACAUUGAUGAGAACACGGUGGUGCCAGUAACAGUGAGAUACCGCCUGCCUGUCAGUGAAGAUGGAGGGUUAUGUAUGAUUGAAAUAGCUGUGGCUAAUGGAACAGCUAAUCGACGGCAGAAGUAUGUGGCCGAGCGCGUGUCAGAGGUCUCAUUCGGGCCCACUUUCCUGGGCGGCGUUCCGUCUCUCUCCGAGCUGCACGACAGCGCAGGUGAUGUGUCCGGGUUUGAAGGCUGCAUUCGUGAGCUGCAGGUCAACUCCAGAGAAGUCUACAUCGCUGGGGAGGCGGUCCGAGGCAGAAACAUCCAGAACUGCGAUACACCAGUGUGCCAGCACCAGCCAUGCCGGAACGGUGGGACAUGCAUCAGCGAUGCAGAGAACUGGUUCUGCGUGUGUCCCCCGCUCUACUCGGGCAAGCUGUGCCAGUUCACCGCCUGCGAGCGCAACCCGUGUGCUCACGGCGCCACCUGCAUUCCCAAGUCCCAGCUGGAGGCAGUGUGUCUGUGCCCACAUGGAAGGCAGGGCCUCCUGUGUAACGAGGCCAUCAACAUCACCCGGCCCAGGUUCAGCGGGCUGGACGAGUUUGGGUACACGUCCUACAUGGCGUACCCGCCCAUCCCCAGCAUGAGCUCCUUCUGCGAGUUCAAGCUGAAGCUGACGUUUGCUAGUAACAUCUCUGCCCUGAAGGACAACCUAAUUCUCUUUUCUGGACAGAAGGGACAAGGUGUCAGUGGAGACGACUUCUUUGCCCUGGGCGUGAGGAAUGGACGAAUCUUCCAUAAGUACAACCUCGGCUCUGGGGUGGCUACUAUCGUCAGUGACCGGCUGAGCUGGAGGAUGAAAAUACACACCGUCCAGUUCGGACGGUAUCUCAGGAACGGGUGGCUGAAGGUGGACGGGCAAAGGAACAAGACUGGCUCGACCCCGGGCCAUCUGGCGGGCUUGAACACCUUCAGUCAACUGUACGUGGGCGGCUACAGCGAACACACCCCAGAGAUGCUGCCUGUGGGCUCCAGAUUCAAGAGCAGCUUUCAAGGCUGCAUUUUUGAUGUCCUGUUCCGGACGAGAGCAGACGGGAAGUUUCGUGCUCCAGGAGAGCCAGAAGGUCAGCCUGUGUCGGGCCGCAGCGUGGGUCAGUGUGGGGUCACUCCCUGCAGCCUCGUCCACUGCCAGAAUGGAGGCACCUGCGUGGACUCGGGAUCCUCUGUGUACUGUCAGUGUGUGUUGGGGUGGAAAGGUGCUCUCUGCUCUGAGAGAGUGUCGUUCUGUGAUGCAGAACACUCUCCGCCUCCCUCCUGCGCCCGCGGCUCCACAUGCGUCCCGCUUCCGUAUGGCUACACCUGUCAGUGUCCUCUGGGCACCGCUGGACAGUUCUGCCAGCAAGUUCUGUCCAUCACUGACCCGUUCUUCAGCGCUAACCAGUCCUCCUGGAUGGCAUUUCCUCCGGUCAGCAUGAGACACAAGACGAACCUUCAGCUGCAGUUCCAGACUCUGUCACCAGAGGGCAUCCUUUUCUACACAGCGCAGUAUCUGAGUGCUCGAGCUGGUGACUUCAUCAGUGUGUCUCUGUCUGCUGGAUUCGUGCAGCUCCGCUACAGUCUAGGAGACGGAACGAUCGCUCUGCAGUCUCAAAACAGAGUGGACUGGACCGGCAGGACGUGGCACAAGGUGAAGGCCGGGCGAGUGGGCAACCAAGGCUACCUGGUCCUAGAUGACCAAGAGGUGACGCGGAACACCUCAGAGGGUAUGACUACUCUGGACGUCACCACAGACAUUUUUGUCGGCGGUGUGUCCAGCCUGAACUUGGUGUCGCCCAGUGCAGUGGAGAAAGAGCCAGUGGGUUUCACUGGUGGCAUUCGUGAGGUCAUUGUUAACGAUCGUGACCUGGAGCUCACGGAGGGAGGGGUGCUGAGGGGGGCAAAUGUAGGCGACUGGGACGGGACGGGAUGCGGGUACAAAGUUUGUCAGAACGGCGGCUACUGCCGGCCCGUCGGUCUCGAUUCAUUCGUGUGCAUUUGCCCCCCACCCUGGACGGGCGCCCGUUGCGAUCAGUCCGUUCACUGCGUCGGCAACCGGUGUCAACAUGGCUCUCUUUGCGUUCCCAAAGUUGCUACCGCCUCAUAUUCCUGCGUUUGCGCCCUGGGAUGGAACGGGACGUACUGCGAUCAGCUGGUAUCAAUGAGGACCGUACGCUUUGUCGGAAAUUCAUAUCUCAAAUACAGAGAUCCGAAGUAUAAUUCGAGAAACCUGAUGUACACACAAGUAUCAUUUAACCUUUCCACCAGCUCGGAAGACGGGCUGGUUCUGUGGAUGGGACGGGCGGAAAGUGAGGACGAUGACUAUCUCGCUGUGGGAGUUCAGAACGGUCAUUUAAAAGUUGCCAUGAAUCUUGGCGAAAAGGUAGCUCUUCCGCUCAUCUCCCGGGACGCGAUGCUAUGCUGCGAACGGUGGAAUUACGUUUCCAUCACCCUCAAUCGCACUGUCGUCCAGGCUUUUGUUGAUGGCGAGAGGGUUAUUUUUGAAGACAUUGACCCUUUCGAGCGCUAUGUUGCCAAUAAUUACGGAGGUGUCUAUUAUUUCGGAGGGUUUGAGUUGAACAGAGAUGUAGCAUCAGUCUCAUCUGGUCUCUUCACCACCGGGUUUGUGGGAAGCAUCAAAGAUGUUGUUUUGUAUCAAGACACAAGAGCACUGCAGUUUCUUCAAACCUAUGAGGGCUUUAAUGUUUAUCAAGGAGAAGAUUAGAUGUCCUGUACUACACAGUAGUUUUAGAAAUGUAAUUUUAAAUGCAUUUAUUGGUGAAAUUUUAGAAAUGAAUUCCUUUGAAAAUUUUGUCAUUCGAUCAUAUGGAUUUGGUUACGAGAAAUGAGGAAGGAAAGUCUGCAACCUUAAAAUCUCCACUGGACUCUCUGUUUAUACAGUGGUCAUUUUAGUAAAUGUUUUGCAGGUGCUCUUGUGGCUGAUCAGUCUUUUUCAGCAGAAACCAAAAAUAGAAUGUUUUCUGUUCUUUCUUUCAAGGUGCUAA